AUGGGGAAACUGCUCGCGUUGGAGCUAUACAACUUCAAGUCAUACAAGGGCCAUCAUGUCUUGCAGUUCGGCGACAGCUACUUCACGUCCAUCAUCGGGCCCAAUGGAUCUGGCAAGUCCAAUUCCAUGGACGCCAUCUCCUUCGUGCUGGGCAUCAAGUCGUCUCAUCUGAGAUCGUCUCACCUAAAGGAUUUGGUCUACCGCGGUCGGGUACUGAAGCAUUCCAAGAUUAACGCUGAUGGAACUGCGACGGACGACGCGCCGAAUGGCCCGAUCAAUGGAGACGCCACCCAAGGCGCAGACGAGGACGAGGAGGUGGUGGACACACAGGCCAGCAGCCAGCGCAAUGACCCACAGACUGCGUGGGUCAUGGCUGUGUAUGAGGAUGACGCUGGUGAGGAACAACGCUGGAAGCGCAGUAUCACUGCGAGUGGCCAAUCCGAGUAUCGCAUCAACAACAAACCUGUUUCAGCCAAGGCGUACAACGAAGCUCUAGAGGCAGAGAACAUCUUGAUCAAGGCGCGCAACUUCCUUGUCUUCCAGGGUGAUGUUGAGGCUAUCGCAUCGCAAUCACCCAAGGACCUGACGCGCCUGAUAGAGCAGAUCAGUGGCUCGCUGGAGUACAAAGCAGACUAUGAGAGACUGAAGCAGGAGAAUGAGGCAGCUGCGGAGGAACAAAAUUACAAGGUCUCACAACGCCGCGGCGUAAGGGGAGAAGUCGCGCAAUACAAGGAGCAGAAGGACGAACUUGACAGGUUCGAGCAGACACGCGACGAGAAAGACCAAGCAAUCGUCACACACGUGCUGUGGAAGCUCUUCCAUUUCCAGCGUACGAUCGAAGACAGCACAGCGGAAAUUCAGAAGCAUCAGGCCGAGCUGAAAGAGUUCAGACGUAAUGUGCAGAAGUUCCAGGACCGUCUCGAUGCCGCGAAGCAGGAGCAAGCCAAGGCUGGUCGUGAAGUCGACAAGUGCAAGCGCGAGAUCAAGCGAAAGGAGAAGGAGAUUGAGGAAAAGGACAACGCGCUGGUGCCGGUUGACGAGAAGCUUUCGAUUCAUUCUGCCAACAUGAAAAAGUACGAGGCACGCAUCAACGAGAUUACGAAGGAACGAGAGACACAACAACAGGCCGCGAACAAGAUGCAGAAAGAUCUCAAAACUGUACAGACUGCGCAAGAGCGCUGGGAGAAGGAGUGGAAAGCUCAGCAGCAGAAAGCUGGACGCGAACUCACUGACCAGGAUCUCAAAGAGAAAGAGCGGCUGAUGCAAGAGCUCUACAAGCGGACGGGUUCUGAUCAGAGCAAAAUCGACACCAUCAAUCGUCAACUCAAAGCGGACGAGGAGACUGUCAAGUCUCUCAAGACAAAGCUCGAUAGCACCGAAAAGAUUGCAUCCAACCUAGAGGACGAAAUCAGCAGUCUGCAACAGAGGCGAAGUGAUGUUCAGCGCACCGUGAAGACUACUAGCAAAGAGAUGGAGGCCAAGAAGGUUGCUAUCAACACGAUUAUCAGCGACCGAGAUCGAACACGGCAGAAGUGGCGUGAGCUCGAUGAGAAAUUGCAAAAGUGUCUCGAGAGUCUUGACGAGGCCAGAGGUUACCAAAGAGAGACGAACAAGGAGAGAGAGCAGCGAGAACGAAUCAAUUCGCUCAAGCGCAUCUACCCCGGCGUCCGUGGUAUGCUCGGCAGUCUAUGUCGGCCGAAGCAGAAGAAGUACGAAACCGCCGUAUCAACAGUGCUGGGCCGUCACUACGAGUCGAUUGUCGUCGACUCUGAGAGGACUGCCCAGGACUGCAUUGCCCACCUGAAAGCAUCACGAGGUGGCCAGGCAACCUUCCUUCCACUGGAUAGCAUCAUUCAUCAGCAGCCCAAUGCGAACCUCCGUGGGAUGCAUCAAGGCAUGCGCUUGGCCAUUGAUACAAUGGACUACGACACGAACUACGAGCGUGCCAUGAGCUUCGCUUGUGGAAAUGCCAUCGUCACCGACACCGUUGCCAUUGCCAAGAACCUGGUCUACAAUCGAAAUGUUGACGCCAAGGCGGUCACCCUUGAUGGCACCAUAAUACACAAGGGCGGCAACAUGACCGGAGGAGAAGGCAAGCACGACAAGCAGCGAAGAUUUGACGAUGCGCAUGUCGAGACAUUGCAGCAGUUAUCCGAGAAACUCCGAGCUGAAAUCGAUGAACUGCCCAAGGGACACAAGCGCCAGGCUGAGGAAGAGACACUGCGUUCAGAGCUUACUGGUCUUGAAGCCAAGCUUGCAUAUGCACAGGAAGAGCUGAAGACGCUUGAUCGAAAUAUCGAGAGCAAGACUCGCGAGCUUCAACACUUCAAGGAUCAGGUUUCUGACACCAGCAAGCGGUACAAGGAUCAAUCCAGUGGUGUUGAGAAGCUUCGACAAUCGCUCGAGGAGCACACAUCCUCUGUCGCAGAGGUUGAAGACGAAGUGUUCGGCGCGUUUUGUCAGCGGCUCGGAUACGAGAGCAUCCGGGAGUACGAACUGCAACAAGGCGCACUGCAGGAAGAGGCUCAGGAGAAGAGGCGAGAAUUCAAGAGCCAGAUCUCCCGACUUACCAAUCAACUCGCGCUGGAGAAGCAGAGGUUGCAGAGCACCGAGGCGAGACUUAAGGCCAUUCAGACACAGAGCAAGCGCGAUGAGGACUUGGUAGCCGCACUUCAAGCUCAGCGCGAGGAGAUUGUCGGCGAACGCGAAGAUCUGGAGGGAGAAGUCGAGGAGCUAAACGCGAAGCUCGAAGAACUCGAUAACGCGUUCAAAGAGCGAGGCGUGAAGACAGAAGAAGCACGUACAGAGCUCGCGAAGAAAAGCAAAGGCCAAGAAAAGACCAUCAAGGAGAUCACCAUUCUCGAGAGCGAGGUACAAAAGGCAAGCUCAUCGCGGUACAGUACUCUCCGAACGUGCAAAGUCGAGAACAUCACGCUACCACUCGAGCGGGGAAGUCGAAAGGUUGACGCACUGCCAAUGGAGGAGUCUGCCAUCGAGGAAGAUGAAGACUCCAUGGACGUCGAUGACGAUGAAGGUGCUUCCGCACUUCGCGUGAACGACUAUGGUAUUCAGAUCAGCUUCGAAGACCUGGAGGACGACCUGAAGGAAGACGACAGCGAAGAGUGCGAAACUGGUCUCGCCGAGAAGAUCACCAACCUGCAGUCUGCCCUCGACAAGAUGGCGCCCAAUAUGCGCUCUGCAGAACGCCUGGAAGCCACAGAAGCUCGCCUGGACACCUACGAACAAGAAUUCCAGCAGGCCACCAACGCGGCAAAGAAGUCGAGCAAGGCGUUCAAUGCUGUAAAGACCAAGCGCAGCGAGACCUUCACCAAGGCAUUCCAGCACAUUUCGAAACAAAUCAGCUUGGUCUACAAGGAGCUCACCAAAACCCCAUCCUUCCCGCUCGGUGGCACUGCAUCCCUGGAUGUCGAAGACGACGAAGAGCCAUAUCUGGCCGGAGUGAAGUACCACGCUAUGCCACCUCUCAAGCGAUUCCGUGAUAUGGAGCAUCUUUCUGGAGGAGAGAAGACGAUGGCGGCUCUGGCUUUGCUCUUCGCAGUACACACCUACGCGCCUAGUCCUUUCUUCGUGCUGGACGAGGUUGAUGCUGCGCUCGAUCAUGCCAACACUACGCAGCUGGCGCAGUACGUCCGAGAGCAUGCUGGACCGGGUAUGCAGUUUGUAGUGAUUUCGCUCAAGACUGGUCUGUUCCAGAAUAGUGAGACGUUGGUGGGGAUUAUGAGGGAUCAGGCGGUGAAUAGUUCGAGGGCUUUGACGUUGGAUCUACGAAAGUACCAAGUCGUCUAA